AUGGAACUGAGCAUCAUGUUUUGCCUCUGUGCUUCCUUUCUCUUCAUUGUUCUCUUCAGGACACUCAUCAAACCAUUUGUCUCCAAAGGCCGUCACUUGCCACUCCCACCUGGCACCAUGGGAUGGCCUUACGUAGGAGAAACCUUUCAAAUGUAUUCCCAAGACCCAAAUGUCUUCUUUGCCUCAAAAAUUAAAAGGUAUGGCUCUAUGUUCAAGUCCCACAUUCUAGGAUGUCCCUGCGUGAUGAUUUCCAGCCCCGAGGCUGCCAAGUUUGUGCUCAACAAAGCUCAGCUGUUCAAGCCAACAUUCCCAGCUAGCAAAGAGAGGAUGUUGGGAAAACAAGCUAUCUUUUUUCACCAAGGAGAGUACCAUGCUAACUUGAGAAGGCUUGUUCUUCGCACCUUCAUGCCAGAAGCCAUUAAAAACAUCGUACCUGACAUUGAAUCCAUUGCCCAAGCUUGCUUAAAAUCCUGGGAAGGCCGUUUGAUCACCACUUUCCUUGAAAUGAAAACGUUCACCUUCAACGUGGCUCUGCUUUCAAUUUUCGGGAAAGAAGAGAUUCUGUACAGAGAUGCUCUGAAACGGUGCUACUAUACUCUAGAGCAAGGGUACAACUCAAUGCCCAUUAACGUUCCGGGGACACUGUUCCACAAAGCGAUGAAAGCGAGGAAGGAGCUUGCGCAGAUCUUGGCCCAGAUAAUCUCCAGCAGGAGGCAGAGGAAACAGGAAUACAAGGACUUGUUGGGUUCAUUCAUGGGAGAGAAAGCAGGGCUCACCGACGAGCAGAUAGCAGAUAAUGUAAUUGGCGUCAUUUUUGCAGCUCGUGACACCACAGCCAGUGUGCUGACGUGGAUUGUCAAGUACCUUGGUGAAAACCCCAGUGUCUUAGAAGCUGUUACUGAGGAGCAAGAGUGCGUAUUGAAGAGCAAGGAAGAAAGUGGAGAGGAUAAGGGUCUGAAUUGGGAAGAUACCAGAAAGAUGCCGAUAACUUCAAGGGUUAUUCAGGAAACUCUAAGAGUUGCUUCAAUUUUGUCUUUUACUUUCAGAGAAGCAGUAGAGGAUGUUGAAUAUCAAGGGUAUCUUAUACCAAAAGGGUGGAAAGUGCUACCUCUAUUUAGGAACAUACACCACAGUCCAGAGAACUUCAAGGAGCCAGAAAAAUUUGAUCCCUCAAGAUUUGAGGCUGCACCAAAACCCAAUAGUUUUAUGCCAUUUGGCAGUGGGAUCCACGCGUGUCCAGGGAAUGAAUUAGCCAAGUUGGAGAUUUUGGUCCUCCUACAUCACCUGACCACAAAGUUCAGGUGGUCUGUGGUCGGUGCAAAGAACGGGAUUCAAUAUGGUCCUUUUGCUCUUCCCCAAAAUGGCUUACCCAUCACACUUUAUCCCAAGAAAUAG